AUGAUUGAAAUCUGUCAUGGAUUUUAUGUUGUUUUCCCCCAAUUUGGGCUAAUUAGGGUUUCUCCUUCCUCUCUGUUCAGCAUCCUGGCAGAGGGUAACCUCUUACCAUCUGGUGCUUUCAUUCUUUUGAUGGCUCCCUCCCCAGAAGAAGUCGCUGGGAUGUUUGCUACCAUCACGGAGCAACUCUCAUCGAUGCUCCUUCGGCUAGACCAAAAUGAUACCACUGUCCACCAAUUAUCUUCACAAGUUGCCCAACUGUCUUCUGAGCAACCCGCUGCACUGGCGCAUAAUCCUACUCGCACCGGAUUCAACACCCGUGCAGAUCCUACCAAAGCCUUGAAGCUUCAGCUUACUCAAUUUGACGGCACCGACCCGGUGUCUUGGGUUUUCCAGGCUGAGCAGUACUUUCAGUUUCUCCAAAUUCCCGGUGAUCAACGUUUGCAUUUGGCGGCUUUCUACAUGAAAGGAGAGGCUCUUGUAUGGUAUCGAUGGAUGCAUACAAACCGUCAACUGCUUUCUUGGGAUGAGUUUGUUCGCAAUCUCACCCUCCGUUUUGGCCCCUCGGAUUUUGAGAAUCCUCAACAAUCCCUAUUCAAGUUGCAACAAACUACCACUGUCACUGACUACCAAACCCGUUUUGAAAAGCUUUGCAAUCAGGUCGUCGGUCUUUCUCCCGAGAUGUUGCUUAACUGUUUUAUUUCAGGUCUGCGGGAGGAUAUCAAAAAUGAUUUGAAGCCUUUGCGCCCGUACUCUGUCUCCGAUGCUAUCGGCUUGGCCAAAAUGUUGGAGGAGAAAGUUGCGUCCGCCAAACCACUUUCGUCACGCUUCUCUAGGCCGGCAACGGGACACAACACAUUCACUCCUGGCGCCCGUCUGCAGUCUCAGCCACUACCCGGUGCCACCUCCACCGUGAAGGCCAACCCGCCCUUGCUGUCGUCCCCUUCACUCCCAAUCAAGCGGUUAACCGGUGCGCAAAUGCAGGAACGCCGUGCGCUUGGGUUGUGUUACAACUGUGACGAGAAGUUUGUUGUCGGCCACCGUUGUCAACCCCGCCUUUUCUUGUUGAUGUGCGAUGACACGGAGGACGAUGAUCUCCUUUCUGAGGACCUUGCUGCUGAUCCGACGCCUCCUACGUUCUUGCACUUGUCUGCUCAUGCGUUCCAAGGCCUUCCGAACCCCAAGACGCUGACUUUUCAAGGUGCUGUCCUUGGACAUACAGUUUCCGUGCUUGUUGACACCGGUAGUACUCACAAUGUGAUGCCACCUCGGCUGGCUCGUUUUCUCCGCCUACCCACCAAGCCUGUUCCUCGUUUUCACGUCAUGGUGGGCAAUGGCAACCAUAUUGAUUGCACCAGUUACUGCCCAGACAUUGCACUCACCUUGGAGGGUACACUCUUUCAUGUUUCUUUUUAUUUACUUGACAUUCAAGGGGCUGAUUUGGUGUUAGGUAUGGAGUGGUUGCGGACACUUGGAAAAGUUACCUCUGAUUUCUCGGUUCCCUCGAUGUCAUUUAUGGUGGGAGACACACAACGCACCCUCAUUGGCCGUCCUUUACAAGCCCCACUCCAAGCAUCGUUUCAACAAUUGCGUCGUUUCUGGCAGCACGAUGCUAUUGCAGAGUGCCACACUAUUGCAUGUUUUCCUCACACCACUGCUAAUUUUUUUCAGCUUGCAGAUUUAAAUACGUGCCCAGCGGAGUUUAAUACAGAUAUCUGGCACUUAUUGCAGCAAUAUUCACCAGUGUUUGCGACCCCACAGGGCCUCCCUCCGGUUCGUCCUCAGGAUCACCGUAUCACUCUCCUGCCAGGGUCCGCACCCGUCAAUGUUCGACCGUACAGUUUGAACGCUUUGACCGUCAAGGACCGCUUUCCUAUGCUUACUAUUGAUGAGCUUAUUGAUGAACUCGGCGGGUCCACUAUCUAUUCUAAAAUAGAUUUGCGUUCUGGGUUUCAUCAAAUUCGUGUGGUACCUGAGGAUACCCAUAAAACAGCUUUUCGCACCGUUGAUGGCCAUUAUGAAUUCCUCGUUAUGCCGUUUGGUUUAACUAAUGUGUCAUCCACCUUUCAAGCGGCAAUGAAUGACUUAUUGCGCCCUCAUUUGCGUAAGUUUGUUUUAGUUUUCUUUGAUGAUAUUCUCAUUUAUAGCCCAGAUUUGCUUUCCCACUUGGAGCACUUACGCAUUGUGUUAGACAGCCUGCUCUCUAAUCAUUUUUAUGCUAAGUUGUCUAAAUGUGCAUUCGGUGUUGCUACUGUCGACUACUUGGGCCAUGUCAUCACUCCUACCGGCAUCAAACCUGACGCCUCAAAAGUGCAAGCCAUAUUGGAUUGGCCCACUCCGCGAUCACUCACUACUCUCCGGGGUUUUCUAGGUCUUACCGGCUUUUAUCGUCGCUUUGUGCACCAUUACGCCACUCACGCCACUCCACUCACGGAUUUACUACAGACAAAUAAAUUUAAAUGGACUGACACAGCAGAACAAGCAUUCUCAAAACUGAAAUCCAUCAUGUCUUCUGCCCCGGUCCUAGCCUUGCCCAAUUUCAGCAUUCCUUUUGAUGUCGAAACUGAUGCCUCCGGUGUGGCCAUUGGUGCGGUUCUCGCACAACAAAAAGCAUCCUAUUGCAUAUUUUAG